CUACUCAGCUUCUGAGGUUGUUCGGCCGAUAAGAGAGCGUCGUGGACAAGUUGACGUCUCCCGUCUGGUCGGAUAACUGUACGGGUGCUACGUGAGCUGGGAACGUCCGAUCAUGGCAAGCGGCAACCCAUUCGCCGACAAGCUGAGGACGCUGGUGGUGGACGGCGAGGAAUGCCGCUACUUCAGCCUGCCCGAGCUCGGCGAUCCCCGUUAUGGCCGGCUGCCUUUCUCGAUCCGGGUGCUGCUGGAGUCUGCGGUGCGCAACUGCGACGGCUUCCAGGUGGAGCAGAAGGACGUGGAGCGCCUGCUGGACUGGCAGCAGCAACAGCGGGAGGGCGUCGAGGUGGCCUUCAAGCCCGCCAGGGUGCUGCUUCAGGACUUCACGGGCGUGCCGGCGGUGGUGGACUUUGCGGCCAUGCGGGAGGCCGUUCACCGGCUGGGGGGGGACCCCCGCAAGAUCAACCCGCUCUGCCCCUCGGACCUGGUGGUGGACCAUUCCGUCCAGGUGGACUUCUCACGGACUGUGUUGCGCAACUCCCCGAACCCGGGGGGAGGUGCGGGUAGGGAGGCGGCGAAGCUGCAGGCAGGACCCCCCGGCCAGCCCCCGAGCAGGACCCUGUGUCCUUUCCAUGGCCUCAGGCCCCAAGGGGCGGAUGCCCUGGAGAGGAACCAGGACCUGGAGUUUGAGAGGAACCGGGAGCGCUUCCAGUUCCUCAAGUGGGGCUCCCAGGCGCUGCACAACAUGCGCAUCGUGCCCCCCGGCUCGGGUAUCGUGCACCAGGUGAACCUGGAGUUCCUGGGUCAGGUGGUCUUCUGCAGGGACGGCCUGCUGUACCCGGACAGCCUGGUCGGGGCGGACUCGCACACCACCAUGAUCAAUGGCCUCGGGGUGCUCGGCUGGGGCGUUGGCGGCAUUGAGGCGGAGGCCGUGAUGCUGGGCCAGGCCACGAGCAUGCUGCUACCAGAGGUGGUGGGCUACCGGCUGAGUGGCACCCUCCCGCCCAUGGCCACCUCCACCGACUUGGUGCUCACCAUCACCAAGCAUCUGCGCCAGGUCGGCGUGGUGGGAAAGUUUGUCGAGUUCCUGGGUCCCGGGGUGGCCCAGCUGUCCAUUGCCGACCGGGCCACGGUGUCCAACAUGUGCCCCGAGUACGGCGCCACAGUGGGCUUCUUCCCUGUGGACGCCAAGACCCUCGAGUACAUGCGUCAGACCGGGCGGGAGGAGCGCACCCUGCGGCGAGCAGAGGCCUACCUGCGAGCCCAGCAGAUGCUGCGAGACUACGGGGACUCCGGCCAGGAUCCCGUGUACUCGCAGCUGGUGGAGUUGGACCUGGGCAGCGUCGUGCCCUCGCUGAGCGGCCCCAAGCGCCCACAAGACAGGGUCUCCGUGGACGACAUGCACAAGGACUUCAGGGAUUGCCUCUCCGCCAAGGUGGGCUUCAAGGGCUACGGGCUCAAGCCUGAGGCCCUGGACGCGAGUGCGGCCUUCCUGCACGAGGGGCGGGAGCAGGUGCUGCGCCACGGGUCGGUUGUGAUCGCCGCCAUCACCAGCUGCACCAACACCAGCAACCCCUCAGUCAUGCUGGGCGCAGGGCUGCUGGCCAAGAAGGCAGUGGAGCGAGGCCUCUCAGUGGCGCCCCACAUCAAGACAAGCCUGUCGCCGGGCAGCGGGGUUGUCACCUACUACCUGCGGGAGGCCGGAGUGGUGCCCUACCUCGAGCAGCUCGGGUUCCACAUCGUGGGCUACGGGUGCAUGACGUGCAUUGGCAACAGCGGGCCCCUCCCCGAGCCCGUGGCCGAGGCCAUCGAGAAGGGUGACCUGGUGGCGGUGGGCGUGCUGUCGGGCAACCGCAACUUUGAGGGGCGGGUGCACCCGCACACCCGGGCCAACUACCUGGCCUCCCCGCUGCUGGUGGUGGCCUACGCCAUCGCGGGCACCGUGGACAUCGACCUCCACUCCCAGCCCCUCGGGCAAGACUCCCAGGGGAAUGCGGUGUUCCUGCGUGACAUCUGGCCCUCCAGGGAGGAGAUCCAGGAGGUGGAAGGCAGGCACGUGCUGCCCAGCAUGUUCCGGGAGGUCUACUCCAAGGUCGAGCACGGCAGCAAGAACUGGCAGAGUCUGAGUGCCCCAGAGUCCCUGCUGUACCCGUGGGACAGCAGCUCGACGUACAUCAAGUGCCCGCCCUUCUUCGAGACCAUGGAGCGGGAGCCCCGUCCCCCCGAGGACAUCAAGGGAGCGCGUGUACUGCUCCUGCUGGGGGACUCCGUGACCACAGACCACAUCUCGCCUGCGGGCAGCAUCGCCCGCAACAGUCCCGCCGCACGCUACUUGGCUGCCCGGGGGUUGACCCCCCGCGAGUUCAACUCGUACGGGGCCCGACGUGGCAACGACGACGUCAUGUCUCGGGGUACCUUCGCCAACAUCCGCCUGGUGAACAAGUUCCUGGACAAGCCCGGCCCACGCACCCUGCACCUGCCCUCGGGGGAGGAGAUGGACAUCUUUGAUGCGGCAGAGCGCUACCGCCAAGAAGGAGUGCCCCUAGUGAUUCUGGCAGGCAAGGAGUACGGCUCAGGCUCCUCCAGGGACUGGGCGGCCAAGGGGCCCUUCCUGCUGGGUGUGCGCGUGGUGCUGGCGGAGAGCUACGAGCGCAUCCACCGCAGCAACCUGGUGGGCAUGGGCAUCGUGCCCCUGCAGUACCUGCCCGGGCAGAGUGCCCACAGCCUGGGCCUGACAGGGCGGGAGACCUUCAGCGUGGCCGUGGGAGGACACCUAGAGCCCGGCCAGACGGUGCCCGUCCAGCUGGACGACGGCCGCAGCUUCCAAGCCCUACUUCGCUUCGACACCGCGGUCGAGUUGGCCUACUUCCGGCAUGGAGGCAUCCUGCCCUACGUGCUGCGCCAGAUGCUCUGAGCACCGUGCCGACACAAAUAUACUUUUGCACACCUCGGUUC